UCGUAGUUCUUAGUUGUCAACUUUGUUAAGAUAAAACCAUAAGUAAAUACAUUGACAUCAGUUAGUUAUCCUUAUAAACAUUGCUACUAUAAUAUGUUAGUUUUAUCGCCAAUAACAAAGGAUGUUGCGAGCUGACUAUAUCAAAGUAAACUGUUUCACAACUGGACGGAAAGCAAAAUGUGGUAAGUCAUAGAAUUGAUAUUUCAUAUACGUAUAUUGUAUGCUCAAAACAACAAACUUCUAAAAUAUAAAACAUGUGGCUUGUCUAAAAUGCGUAAGUUUAUUGAAAGAAAGGUACGCACCUGCGUACGAAGCAAAAAUUAACCAGUCAACGGAUAAACAAAUCAUUAGAUUUCCAUCUACCUAAAAACACAGAAAGCAGGCUGAAUAUACAUCUUUAACAAAGAAUAAUAAACAUGUUAUGUAGUAGAUAGCACACGCUUUUGCAUGCAAUAGUAUUUCCUCAAUUUGCAAAAAAGUAGAACCAAAAAUAUUCCCUUUUGGUUAACCGAUUAUAAUAAUACCUAUGUUGUUAGCUCUCUUGUUAUGAACUCAAAGCAGAAAAGAAAAAGUCAAGAAUUUGUUUAUUCAAAUUAGUUUAAUUAUGGAAAAAUCUCUCAUCGCGUUAAUUAUAGGUUCACGUCAAUGUCACAAUUAACCUCUACAAAAUGAAACACUGAAAACAAAGCUAUUGUCGCGGUUCGAAUACUGUACGUACUAGCCCAUUACUUCUAUACCACAUACUAAGAAUAUGUACCUAUACAUAUAAUUAAUUUGUUAGAUAAACACCUUUCAGUGGCUUGUGUGGUUAUCGAGAUGCUAAAGAUCUCUGUCAACACUUUGUCCACCUGUAAAAACAACGUCAAAUAAUGUAGAAACCCAUUAAUUAUUUUAAGUAUUAAUAGCUUGAGAUCGUGUCUUGAAUAUUUUUUCGCAAAAUGAAGAUCUAAAAUAAAAACUAAACACCGGAAUCCGGGGACAAAGCGACAAACGGAAUGAACCGACACAGAGUGGAACAGCCAACAGCCAAAUGUUGGUCAGUGUCGCGCCGGCGCCAGAAUCGAUCGCAUGAAUCAGCGUUAAUACAGUGAAUAUAAGAGUGUUAUUUGUUAGUAUUUGGACAUGUCCCGUUUUGCCACUGGGUUUCCUUCCUGUGAAUCAUGAAGUUGAGUACGGAGGUGCCAAUUUCAGUUCAGUGUAAAGCCCUGCCGGCCACAUGCGCCGCAAUCGCAACAUUGUAAAUACAUAACACAUAAAUGUAAUUAAAAAUUAACAGUCCGUAGUUUUAGUCGUAAUUCUAAGUGGUGCUAUUCAAACAUGGAUUUGACGGCGUCGUUAUUAACAUUUACAAUGUUUUGGAAAUUGUCAUGGAGUUUACAGUGCUACACCUGCAAUCCAGAACAAGUGACGCUGCCGUGUCUGUCGUUCGACUACAGCAGCAAAUACUUGACGGAGUGUAAGCACUCCACCAUGUGCUUCAAAAAGGUCACCACGCUGGAAUUCAGUCAGGGAUUGACAUCGGAGAGUAUAACGAGAGGCUGUGCGAGUCAGACAGCGAAUGGAGAGCAAAGGAGGAUCAAUGGCAAAUGGCGAGCGGUCCAGGACAUACAUGAAGUUUAUGAGGAAACCUGUUCGGAAGACCCGAGCAACUCCGAGCGCUCCCCGAACACCAUGUAUUGUUAUUGCCGAGGUGACCGAUGCAAUGGUAGUCAACAAAUACUAGGGAAUUUGUUAGCGUUUGCUGCUGUCAUUCUUUUAGGUGUUUUAAGUUAGUUAAAGACUACACGUAGCACUGACUAAUCAAGAUCAAGAUCAGUGACUAAACAGAUUCUAUUUUCUGUUAGAUUAUUUGAAGACACGCUUCACGAACAAAAAUUUAAUUCCUGUUAUAUUUAGGCUUAGAAUAUUUUUUUUUAUUUAUGUAUAUUAUGAGAAAUAGGAGAUAGGAUCUUAUAUCAAAAACAUAUUUAUGUAUUGUUUAUAAGCGUACAAUCAGCAUUUUACUCUUUGAAGUAAAAUGGUGGACACGUGGUGAUGCAUAUUUCGCUUUCAUUGGCAUUGUCCUCUUAAUUAUUAUUACUUCUUACACUUUGUAGAUACACUGGAAUUUCUGCUAUUUUCUAAUUUAAUUUUUACAAAAAGUUAUGUAAUAAUUUUUAUCAUACUAAUGCUUUCUAAGACUAAGUCAUGACACCUUAGAAAUUAGUUUUAGUUUAAAAUCUUAUUCGCUUCGCUUGUUUACCGCUAUAAAAUAACGGUGACAAUGUUUGAUAAUAAUAAUUAGAUAAAUAAGACUAUUUAUAAGAUCCCUAAUACCUCUAUACGGGUCGUUAUACUGCCAAUAGUUGUAAGUUCGACGGACGAUGUUAUGAACGAUCCCAAAGAGCUUCGGACAGUGGUGCAUUAUAUACGUGUUAUACGCAUUUUUGCUAGUCAAACUUAUGUAAAGAUUGCAAGCCUGUGAUUCUCUUUACGCACUUCAGGUAAGUAGUAAGACUAGUUAGUUAGUUAAUCAAUUAUUAUAAUGUUUCUUUUAUUAACGUAUGAUAUAGUCAUCUGUGUUUUCGGUUCGGUAGGUCCCCGUUUCCGUCAUACAUAAAAUGAAGAUGAAUAUUAAAUGCUAUGCUAUUUCCUGGAAGUUAUGUAAUAUCAAUUUUAUUAUUGUAAACGUCAUAAAAUAAUAAUGUAUACUCUGUGUAAAUAUCUUAAUUGAUUGUCUUCAAAGAUGUAGUAGAAU